AUAAUCAUUUCUUUUUUUGUAGCCAGAAUGCAGUCUCUGGAGAAGCCAGAUUUGUGGCAUACUUUAAAGCCACAAUUCUAAGGCUCAAAAGUAGAUAUGGUUUCUUUUUGUUGUGAUACUUAUUGUGAGGGUUACACAGCCACGACACAUUUAAUGUAAAUCCACUUGAAAUUGUUCAUUUCUUUUAUUUUUUUGAUACUGCAGUAUACCAUAAUGGGUACAUUUUUUGUAUAUAAAUGUCUGCAUCUGUUUAUAAAGGUGAAGCAGCUGAAAGAAUAUACCCCACUCCCUUUUUUUCAGAUGAAUGUUGUUUAAAAAGACAGAAGGAUCUUUUGGGUCACUUGGGACAUGCUUUUCAGGUGAGGCAGUUUCCUGUCCUAGAACCAGCCACUGUAGAAUUGGCUCUUUUCCCAGUCCAAAGCAAACUUUUAAAGGGUGGAGGAGAAACGGCUUUUUCUCUCCCCACCAGGCUCAGGACAAAGAGGUAAACAAGAUGCCAAGUUACUUGGAAGAAAAGAUGGAGAAUUAAGAGAAUCAAGGGUCUAAAUUUGUUUGCCAAUCUUGCAUGUUGUUUUCUUCCAUGUAUGUAAAUACAGCCCAAUUGGCUUUGUUUUGGGGUUCUGGGGUUUUUUUUUCCUUGCCUAGUUCAGGACUGGCAGUAUUUGCUAGAGGCUUAUUAAUCUGUCACUGCCUGACUCUUUAGGCAUUUAAAAUAUACAGUUUUUGUGGUAUCUAUUUUAGAGCAGUGGCUACCUUCAUCCUUUGUGCCUAGCAGGCCAGAUGGGUAGUGCCCUGGCUGUCCAUGGGCCAGAUCUGGCUAGUCAUCUCGAUCUGGCACAAUGCAGUGGCAGCUGGGUCCUAUCUGGGCACUCGGGACAGGGGGCCUCCUGGCUCCAACCUGGCCCCAUGUGGGGAGGACAUGACCCAGCCCUGACAGGAGAGGGGGCAUGGCCCAAGUCUAUCCAGCUUGGGGGCAGGGCAUGGCCUGGUUUCAUCCAGCCAUGGAGGUUGAGGGAGGAGGCCCACAACCUGCUGCACAGGGCUCAGGUUUGGGGAAUUUGGCAGCAGGGGAGAGUAACCAUAUUGAUUGCCACCAUUCCCCCAGAUACUGAUGGCUAGAUCAUUAUGGCUCCACUGGUGGUGGCAAUUCAGGAUUCAUAACACAGGAAACUAAUCUGAGAAUAUCAGAGACAGGAGACUGCUUGUCCCACACUGCAGUGCGUUAGAAACUGGAGCUGAACAAGCAUCUUUUUAAUCUUUUUAUUUGCGGAUGUUAGUACCCUGUUUUCAAUAAAAUUGUACUCUUUAUUACCAAAGCAACAUAACCUUGGCUUUUUUUCAUGUGCUUUCAAAGGGAACUGUAAUGAAUAAGAUUUUCAGUGAAUUAAACUGAUGUUUAGGAAUACAAGUUCUUUUUUUCAAAUGGAAAGAUCAUUCAGGAAUCUCUCCUUGACUUUCAGGGAGCCUCAGGCUAUUUAUAAAUUGAAUUUGGGCUCUUUCAGAAGCCUUGGCCAGUAAUCAAACUACCUUGUCAACAGAUACAUGGAUACAUGCAUAUGUACAUGCAUAUGUUCUUUAUUUAUCUUUGUAAUCUUAUCCCAAAAAGAAAAAUCUUCCCCUCUCCCAAUAAAUAAUUUUGAAGAGUGUGCAAAUAUAGCCAAUGUUAGAAACAUUGAAUUACAACAAAGAACUAUGACAUAUCUCUGCUGUCUUGCUUAUAUUGGAGUAUAUCAUAUACUCUGAACCAGUUCUCCAACAUUUUUUUGGCUGUCGCUUUGUGGAUUGAAGUAUCUUGCAAGAUACUUAACUAGAACUGAUAUCAGCCAAGUACUUACUGUCCUCAGGCAUUUCAGCCCUUGUAAGCUCAAGACUCUCUGCACUGAUCAUACCCUGCCUCAGCUGCGCAACAUUGGCCUUCUUGUCCAUAGGGAAUGGAAAUGUACUCCAGCAAACAGCAUUCUUCUGAUUCUGAUAGGGUUUAUGAAAGUGUGAUAAUGCUGCAGUUUUUCAACAAAAGCUAAGCUGUUUGUGCCCUUCAUCUUACUGCAGUAAAUGUCUUCUAUUAUAAUUGCACAAAAAAAUUAAACGAUCUUGUUACCCAACUCAACAUCAGUGCUUAGAGGACUAAAUAUUAAGUGGUAUAGUUUAGCUCCACCCAAGGUACUGAAAUGCAGCUUUUAGAAUAGUUCUGUUAAUGCUGAUUCCUUUUUUUUUUUUUUCAUUUGCCAGCAGCAAGCUAAAGGUAAACAAGAAAUGAUUUGGUUCUGCAUUGCUUAGCUCCUCAGAUUUUACAAAUUCUUCUGCCCACUAUUCAGAAAAGCAAAUACAAGUUACUGCAAAAUGAUCCUGUGGUUAAUUUCCAUUUAAAGAUGACUCCUUUAAUUUACCCAUCUUGUGCAGUAACUAUUAUAUUUUUAUUCCCGUUUUUUACAUGUCUAACAACUAUUGAGAAAUAGCCUAUGAAUUUCACUUCAUCAACCUCUUGGAUACAAAAAAUCAUGGACUAAAUAUAGACAUCGGCGUUAUGAGACAUUAUAACCUGCCUGACAUCUGACUCCCCAGGUUGAGUCCAAUCCAAGACACUGGGAACCAGAACUGCUACUAUUUGCAAGCCUGGAUGAAUUAAUUGAAAUUUAGUCCUGCCCUCAUGAGCAGGUCUCCCUGCUGGCUGGAAGGGUCCUUGGAGAUGCUAUGGUGUGGAAGCAUGCCCCCCAGUCUGAGCCAGGUGGUUUCAAGGAGCUCAAUAGCUGCAUCUCUGUGAGCAGAUCUGAAUCAGCAUUACUUGGGAGCUGGAUGGGAGAAAUAGGACCCCGAACCAUCUUCGCAUCUCAUCAUUGAAGUUCAGUGCAGGCUGACAGUAUCUGAACAUGUAUUAUGGAGCUGUUCCCCCUGCUGCUGCCAGAUCAAAGUAUUUUAGAACAUGUUCAACUGGAGAACAUUUCACUAUAGAGUUUGAAAAUCUAGUGGAAAGUGAUGAGGGGGAGAGCCCAGGAAGCAGUCAGAGACCUCUGACUGAGGAAGAAAUUGCCAAUCUGAGAGAGAGGCAUUAUGAGUCCAUUGCUGAAAAACAAAGAGCAGUUGAUGUGAAACUUCAGUCCGAGUUAGCCUUACAAGAGGAGAAGUUAAGAAUAGAAGAAGAGGCUUUAUAUGCUGCACAGCGUGAAGCAGCCAGGGCAGCAAAGCAGAAAAAGCUUUUGGAGCAUCAUAGACUACAAAGGAUAAUGCAGAGAAGCCAAGUGAGUAAUAAUGGAGAAUAUCAAAGCUCAGUGGCAGAGGAGGAUUUUGAUUCUUAUUUGAGAAAUACAAAGUUCCAAUAUGAAGCAUUUCGUAGUAGUAGACUUUCAUCUGAUGCUACUGUUCUGACCCCAAACACGGAGAGCAGCUGUGAUUUAAUGACCAAAACAAAAUCAACAAGUGGAAAUGAUGACAGCACUUCACUAGACCUAGAAUGGGAAGAUGAAGAAGGCAUGAACAGAAUGAUCCCAAUGAGAGAGCGUUCUAAGACAGAAGAAGAUAUACUCCGAGCAGCAUUAAAAUUUGGCAGCAAAAAGACUGGAAGUAAUCCAACGUCCGCUUCUGAUGAAUCAAAUGGGUUGGAAUGGGAGAAUGAUUUUGUUAGUGCUGAGAUGGAUGAUAAUGGCAAUUCAGAGUAUUCUGGAUUUGUGAAUCCUGUACUAGAACUUUGUGUGUCAGAUGUCAAGAAAUCUGAUACUAAUCAAGACAGAUAGUAAAAUUACAUUGCCCUUGUUCAUGACCAAAUGUUUAAAAUUAAAUGGAAAGGAUAGAAAUGCAUUGUCUUUCUGUAAGAAAAAGGAGGAAAUCAUGUGAUAAAGGUCACUUGCGAGGAACAGAAAUGACUUGCAAUCUGAAUGAUUUCAGAAUUAAGUGCAAUUUUAUCAUCUACCUUCUAAAUUUUUAUGAAAAUUGAGGUGAUUCUAAUGUGUAUAUUUCUGGAUGUCUGGGUUUACUAUAAAUUAUCUGCACUAAUUUAAGCAUCAUAGCUUGACAUACCUAUAUUUUAACUAGCUAUUUUGUCUUGAUAAUAUUUCUACUGAUUUGUUUUUAAAAGUUGUCAUUAGCCUAAUAUUUAUCUCGGAAAUAAAUAGUCUGUAUAAGUUCUCUAAUACUUGAAUGUGGAAACUGAACAUUUUAUAGAUUGUAUUUAUUUCCAUUAUGUGGUGGUUGAUUUGCUUUUCAACAUUUUGGAAGUAGUAGUCAGCAAUUUAUCACACGUGAAAUUGACUGUUUACAACACUUUUUAAUCCCUGUUUAAUGCAUUUUUCUUGCCUCUUUCAUUUUAAUUAUUUCCUUACUUAAGCACAACAAAUCUGGGUAAUGUAUUAAAGCAUCAGUUUAGACAAGAGCCUAUAAUAAGGUCUUGUGCAUACCUGGAAGUAGGCUACAAAAAUAUUUUUUUUUGCUGGUUCUGUGUGUGCAGUGCAGAUAUUGACACUCAAUUAUCUACAAGAGAACUUGGAGGACCAAAGGUUCCAUUUUUUCCCCUUAAAAUGCACCAAAUGCUGCUAAUACAAGGUUACUUAAUUGAACAUUUUCUCACCUUGUGCGGCACAAUUUCGUCAGCUCCACAUGAGUUUAGGCAGCAUUACAUGAACAGACUGGGAGUACAAUAGAAAACAAAUUGCUCUUCUGCUAGGUUUUGGAAGAAGCUCAACUGGAGUUCUGGUAGCUGUACAAGGAGAAAGACAGAUCCUUUCCAAUUAUGCAGCAGUGCAUUCAAGCUUUUUAGCUUUCCUAUGCCUUGUAACUGAACAGUUACCAUGUAACAUCAGCAGAUACAUGUCUAAACUGUGCAGCCUGCCACAUAGUCUCCCAUUACAUUUGAUAUACUUUAUAUAAAAUAAAAGCUAACUGAGGAGAACACAUAGAACAAAACUAUAGUUCUUUUUUUCCCCUGCGAUUGCAGUAAAGCCUUACUAUGUGUAAAUUAUGUAUUGCUCUGCUUCCUCCUGAACAACGGUUUCUGUGUGUGGUUUCUCAUUUUGGAAUAAGGGCAGUGCUCUUCCUAAGAAUAAGUAGCAGCUAAAUUUGUUGGAAAAAAUUGACAAGUACUGGCAACCCCCGCUUAACGCUGUUUUGCUUAGUGCUAUUUCACUAUGAUGCUCAUUUUAAAUUGAUACCUGAUUUCACUUAGCGCUCAGUGAGUUUCAUUAUAACACUCGCGGUUGCCACCUUGGGUCAUUAAAAACACUUGUAAUCGCCAUCUUGGGUCAUCAAAUACUUUCGGUUUCACUUAACGCUUAGUUUUUCAGGAACCAAUUAAGAGCACUAAGCGGGGGUUGCCUGUCUAUAAUAAUAAGUUGUGUAAGUAUUUUGAUAUCUGAGCCCAUGUCAGGCCAGGGUACUGUAGUUUGAUCUUCUUCUCCAUGUCUUUUAGCUAAAAUAAGAACACCAGACACUUGACCUAAAUAUGUACAUAUGUGGACGUCUUAACAAACAGCUAAAACUUUUGUUAAUGUAUUUAACAUUCCAUUUCUUAAUUUAAACUGUAGCUUUGUCAUUGGAAAUGUUGUAAUGUAAUACUUACAUUUGCAAUGCCUGUAUCAUGCUUCUAAAAAUUUGUAUGCAUCAAAUGUAUAUUUUUGGUUUGGCAUAAGUUACUACCAGGUAAUUUUUCCUGACAUUCAUAUGAUGAACCCUUGAAGGUUGAAGGAAAGGUAACUUUCUUAAGCUGUAAAUAAAGACUUUUUUUACACACUUAAA